AUGUCGGAAAUCAUCACCAUCAUCCAUCAUAGCAAAUAUAAAAAUUUCCGGACCCGAAGACAGAGAGUCCCCGACGACUACAAGAGCGAGAUGAAGGAGGAGAACCAGGACCCGGCCCCCCACCCGGAGGACCACCGGCCGCCCCCGGAGUCAGGGAGAGAACCAGGACUGGUGGACUCAUGGAAUCAGACCUCAGGAAUCAGGUAUCAGACUUCUGGCAUCAAAAAAUAUCAGAGACGCACACAGAUUCAUCAGAGAGUUCAAACUAAAGAGAAGCCGCAUAGCUGUGACCAAUGUGGAAAAGCUUUUACGACUUCAAGUCAUUUAAAAACCCACCAACGCAUUCACACCGGAGAGAAACCGUACAGCUGCGAUCAAUGUGGAAAAGCUUUUACGGAUUCGUUUAGAUUAAAAACCCACCAACGCAUUCACACUGGAGAGAGACCGUACAGCUGUGAUCAGUGUGGAGCAGCUUUUAGCAGGUCAUGUUACCUAAAAAUCCACCAACGUAUUCACACCGGAGAGAAACCGUACAUCUGUGACCAAUGUGGAAAAGCUUUUGCAACUUCAAGUAAGUUAACAGUCCACAGACGCAUUCACACCGGAGAGAAACCAUAUGGCUGUGACCAAUGCGGAAAAGCGUUUGCAAUUUCAAGUAGUUUAAAAAGUCACCAACGUAUUCACACUGGAGAGAGACCGUACAGCUGUGAUCACUGUGGGAAAGCUUUCAGUAGGUCAACUAUCCUGAAAAUGCACCAACGUGUCCACACGACUUAGAAACACACAAGGCCAGGCCGGCUGUUUUCUCCUGCUUCAGUCUUUUACUCCAAAUGUGUCCUGACUCGCUGAGAUUUAUAAAAAUCUUUAUAACUCACCUUGGGAGAGAAACAUAUUUCAGUAAAACAUAUUUCAAUCAAUAUUGCAUAACUCUGCUAAGAAAGACAUAAGUAUAUAGUUGACAUCCGCCAAGUUUCCAGUGGCGCUGCUGCUGGCAACAUGCAACCUGCGUUAUGAUUGGUGUUAAGAAUUAUGUUCCGAGUUUCGAACCAAGUCAUCAAUCAAUCUGUUCACUUGAGGGAGGUAACCCGCCCUUGACCACGGUUGUACGAGCAAGACAACUGAGAACUCAAUUGGGACAUAGCAAGCUAGUUCACAGUACCAGCUGCUAGCCACACCAAGGGACUCUGGACAACAGGAGACCCCCUGUUCUCAGGCUGCUGAGCCAUGGAGCCACUUCUCUCCCAUCGGAUUUUAUUUUUGGUGGUUGGUGAACUCCUGUGCAAGAGUUUUCCCACACCAUCUACGCACACGCAAAUGCCCCGAGUAUAUUCAGAGAGGUCCUGCUAGCUCUCCGGCAUAAGAGCGACGCACUGUCAGAGCAUCUACCGGCAGCCGCGAGGGAGAAGCCUGCUGGAAGACAACUCUGGCGAAAGAGCGGCAGGAGAGGAGGCGUCAGACAAAGGCUCUGCCGAAGGGGAAACAAACCGCCGUUGCCAUCCAUAAUUUUUAGCCCAGCAAAGUGGAGGAGCUCUGUAAAAACAGGAAGUUUCGUCGUGGAUACAGGGAUUAUUGCAUCGUGGUGUUCACUGAAUCAUGGCCCCGCCAGCAACUCCUGGGACCCCCCAUGUUCCUUCUUGGUGAUUUUAAUCAAUGUAGACUUGAGUUAUCACUAUCCCGAUCUCACCAGUAUGUUAAAUGUGGAACUAGAAGCAGCAGUUUUGGAUAAAUGCUGUAGGAAAAUGAAAAGUGCCUAGAAAAGCGAAGGCUCGUUCUCCACUCUCUAUUCGGGUCCCUCGACGUUCCAUCUCAUGCCCACCGACAGAUCUGUGCUCGAGUCAAGCAAACCCCAGCACAAGACUGUGCUGCAGUGGACUGAGGACAGUGUGGAAACACCGACGGGUUGUUUCCUCAGCAGCGACUGGAGCAUUUUUCAGAACUUGGAGCUUGAUGAGGGGACAGAUACAAUAACGGGUGUCAUUAACUUUUGUGUGGACAAUGUAGUGACUAAAGACAUUUUACAUUUCACCAACAAUAAGCCACAUUUUACUAAGGAGGUUAAAGUCUGUAAUGAUAAAUGAAGCUGGCUUUUCUGGAACAAAGACCAUGUGGGCGUGGCCACAGCACAAAAAGAACUUAAUCGUCUUCCAGGGAAGACGAGAGAGAAACAUCGAUCUGCAGUUGAACAGAGCUUCGGCUUCAUGGACAAGAGGUUAUGGGACUGAAUGGAAAACAAACAGGAAACAGCUCAUCAGUCUGGAUGAACAGCACAGAGCCGAUAAACUGAAUGACUCCUUUCUCAGAUGUGAAACACGGGACUUUCCUCCGGAGGGGACCGAGGCCUCAGACUCCAUUACCUCUACUGAUGCCUCUUGAUGGCUGAAAGUUGAAUCACAGCAGGAGUGUCAACGGCGACAGUUUGGACUUGGAACAGGAAGUGGAUCCACUUAACGUCGACCACUUCUCCUGCACCCCGCUGGGGGUCGUUCUUGACGAAGAAACAGGACCAGGCAGCCAGGAAGAUCAUGAGGUUUCUGAGACGCUGCAGACACAGGAUAAAAGAGCUGAAGCAGACGAGGGAGCUGGAGAGGAGAGGACUGACCACUUAAAUCGUUUCACCACCUCUACAUUUCAUCCCUUCUUCCAUCUCCUGGGGGGACAAAUACAGAGGACGGGAGGAGAGAGGGAUUUAAAAUCCCGUCGUCUUCAGCAGGUUUACUCUGAUGUACGAAGGGACAGAAACCAAACAAAGAAAUGAAACGACUGAUGGAGAGAAGGACAGAGUGACGGAGCGACGCCUUACCCCACGCCAACUCUUUUUCUUCCUUCUAUUCCUCUGCCUGUCUGUCUAUCUAUCUCUAUCUGUCUCCCUAUCUCUCUGUCUGUCUCUCUGUCUGUCUGCGGCUCACAAAAAGCUCCAUUGGAAAACGUCUCGCCCUCCUUUUGCCUUACAGGCACGAGAAACGGGGUUUUUUUACCCUGAGCAAAGCCUCGCCGGAAGCAGAACCUGAAGUCUUUCUCUGCGGCGAAUUCGGACUCGAGCAGUCGCAGUUCAGCGCCGCGGUCCAAACUUUGGAGGAUGUGAGGACGCUGUACGAUCAGUCCGCCACCCUGCUAACGCUACGAGCUCAGCUUGGCUCUGGUGCUAACGCACGAAUACACACUUUCUCGUCUGGAUACCGGUCUCGAUAAGACUGCGGGUAAUUUGGACUGAACGUGUCUAGGUGUGGACUGCGGAGGUUCCGCAACGACACCGGGACGCAGCCCGAGAAAGGUUUAACUCUUAUCUCUCCCGGGAGGCGAGGCUCAGGGCAAAACAAACCCUCCUUCCCAUAAUGCACUGCUGUUUACCUGCGAAGGUGAGGGGAUGAGGACCGACGGCAUCGUGCGUCGGAGGGUCGGCUGAACAGAUCAGAUUCGGACCUGAAAGGAAGACGGGAGCCUGAAAGUUUCAGAUGCGAACUGAGCUCUUCAUGUGGAGUCGACAAACUGUUUACUUCAAAAUGUACAUGAAUAUAACAAAGCUACGUACAAAUAUAUUUAAACACAAUCACAUAUAUAAACGUAUAUAUUCUAAAGUUUGAAUUUAUAGAUGCUAUGGAUGUUUUAUUUAUUACAGCAUGAACCGUUCAUGUGAGCGUAUGAGUGUGUGCGCUGCACAGGUCUAGUCUUAAGGACCCCCCAUGACCUCUGACCUCUGGUUUCUAGACAGACUAAACAGUCAGAAACGAGAAGAUGUCCCUAUAGGAAGCAAAAAGCGGCUGCAGAACUUCAUUCAGAAUCUUCCUGUUUUUAGGUUUCCUCCAGUGUCAAUAAAUAUGAGAAGCUGCUACUUACGUUUUCUAUUGGAUCUUUACUAAUAACGAGACCGAGGAGCGAGAGAAGGUUUGAUGACCGUUACCGUCGGAGUCGAAUGAGUCCAGAGCUUUUUCGAACCCGGAACCCAGUCGUCCUGUCAGGCCUACAAACCAACACUUCGCCUUGUCGGGACUGAGACCCGAAGACUUCAUUUGCGCAAAAGUUUUGAGUCUGAAUUUGAGAACGGGUUCUUUUAUUUUUCAUCCCGCCAUUGAGCAAACGCGUUACGAUGUUUUAACAACAACAAGGAGCCGCAGGACAAAUCGACCCCGUUGUCACAACAGGAAACAUACGACGGCCUUGUAUUUCGUUUUUUGUGGCGACAUCACAUCUGUGCUGAUGAUGUCAGAGGUCAGACCGGGGUUCCCUCCAAACCGUAUUUUGAAAUCCGGCAACUUUUCAGGGCGGCGUUGACGGA